GUUUACUGUGUCUUUAAAAACAUGGGACCACUAUGAUCAUCUCUUAUCUUCUAAAGCUAAUUACUAUUCAAGGAGUUCAAAGAUCAUCGACAUAAAAAGAAAAUUUCUUGGACACAUACACAUGUGCUUAUUUAUAUAUCUCUUGAAACAUGAAGAUUUUUAGUUGGGUUCAAAGAAGACUUAGUGGAAAGAAGCAUGAGUCAGCUUCAGAUUCUUCUCAAGAAUCAUCAGGGCUUGCUUUGAGUAAAGAUCUCCAAAGUUGGCCUCAAGAUGAAGAAACCUUCUUAGCCAUUGGAACACUUGGAAACAAUAUCAUCUCCAAGGAAGAGGAGGAAGAAGACACAGAUUCUAGCAAAGAUCUCACUGCCACUAAUACAGAUGUUAGUAUUGGAAAGAAGAAGUCGAUCUCUUUUCUUCUCAAGAAGAUGUUUGUUUGCACAAGUGGCUUCAAAACUCCACCUCCUCUUCUUGAUUUGUCUAGAGAUUCAUUGCCUAAUACAAGAAUGGAAAAGAUGCUAAGGACAAUACUCAACAAGAAGAUACAUCCACAACGUUCAAAUGCUAUAGCAAAGAAGUAUUUGGAGAAUCAUAAGAUUAUAGAUGAAGCUCGUUCAAGUGUCGACGUCAAGAAAUGGGUCAAGACAGAUUCUGAAUAUAUUGUCUUGGAGAUGUAGAUAUCAACCAAUAAGCUAUAAAUGGAUCUGAUUGAUUUUCAUGGAAUCAAAUGAGUGGCGUAAGCUCAAGUGUUAUCAAGACAUGAAGAAUAAACAUGAAGAUGAUGGGGCAUGAAAUAUCUUUUGAUAAUUACAGUUUACUGUAUAUUUAUUUGUCUAUUCAAUUUUCUGUUUUUCUUGUUCCUCAUCUUUUUUCAGAUUUAAAUGUGGUGAAUAAAUCUGUUUGCUCCUGUGUACUGUUGUAACUACAAAUAUUCUUCUUAGAUAAAUAAUCUUUAUCAUCGAGGAACGAUUAGGAAACUUGUUUACAAGGGAUUAAUACACUGUUUUUUUUUAAUAUAACAAUUGAGCCUCUGCAGAAUUUGUGUGAAAAUUGUUUAGAAAAUUGAGUGACUGCAAUUUGAGUUAUGAGUGUUAAUCUGUUCAUGAAACUGAAAUGUAAAUUUAGUUACAGUAUAAAGAUUUAAAUUAAGAAUAUUUGUGACUACAAUUUGUUAAUUUAUAGAGUUAUUAAUCGAAUUUUUUUUAUUUAGAUAUUAAUUUUUAAUAUUUUUAUUGAAAUAAAAAAAUAUUUCAUUUACGAUAUUAUGUACUUGGUUAAAUUUUAUAAAUUUAAACUUUAUCUAUUUUUAUUAUAUUAUUUGUUAUAUUUUAUAUAUGUUGAAUACAUAUUGUAGAAUACACAUUCACCUUUAAUAUAUAGUUUAACAAAAUGAAAAAUAGAAAUAGAGAUGAAAUUUAUUUUGAAUAAAAAUAAAAAAAAAUGUUUUAUAUAUAUAUAUAUUUAUUUAAAAUUUAUAUCUAUUAAUUAUUAUUAUUUAUUAAUUUAUAAUUUUUGUGGGACUAUAUAUUUAUCUAAGAAUUUUGUAAAUAUUAUUAUUUUGGUAUCUUUUGAAUUAUAUUAUACUUUACACUAAUUCAACUUAAGAUUGGAAAAUUUUAUUAAUUUAUCUUAUUUGUUAAUUUAGAGUUUUUAAUGUUCAAUUCGUAUAAUUUGAAGGAACCCCAAGAUGCACAAGUAAAAACAAAUGGGUCAGUUUGUAAUAGUUAUG